UCAGAUAAUGACUAGUCACCACAUAACGUCAGUUAAGUUUGAAAACAUGAUGUACAAAAUACAAAACCGGCCUCAUUUAUUCGGCUUUUCCAACAAACAAGUCUUCGCGGUAAUGUCGUUCGCGGUAUUGUCGUUCGCGGUAAUGUCGCUGUAUCAAAAAGAACGUCGACGCCUACUCCUUCGAAGAAUUCAAGUUUCGACUCAUCACUGAAAUCACCAGCUGAGGGUAGUGACGUCACUGCGAAGAUUCAUGACGACAAAUUCAAAUGGGUUCUCACCAAACUUAGUGAACAGAAGUCGCAAUACGAAGAACGAAUGAUGUUGGUAUUAGAUGAUUCACGGAAAUAUGCAUACUACGUCGGAUAAAUCUCGGUUUUGAAUGAACAACAGCAGAAUCUGCUCCGAUCGAUGACUCUCGAUAAGGAUAAUGGCCAUUUGAAUUCCAUCACAGCAAGACUCGAUGCAAUUGAGAAGAUUUUGACAACGUGCGUUUUCUUCUAUGCUGCCUUCCUUCUAUGUAUUCAGCUUAAACUUGUAUUUCAGGAAACUCUCGGCUAUUAUUGAUCACGAAAAGGAAUAUUUCGAUCCAUGGAAAUUGUCGUCUCAAACUCGUACUCAACAGGACGUUUUUAAAUCCAAGUUAGUUGUAUUUUAUCAUCGUCAGUCGACCACUUUAGCUCGAGGUAUCAAAUGCAUGGUAUUAGAUUAUGAUUUGUCAUCGGACUAUAUCACCGCUGCACAUAUUUGGCCAUCAUCUACCAAUGGUAGGGGUCUAUCCCGCUUCCGUCUCGAAGCCAAGUGCCUAAAUGACUCUCGCAACGGUCUAUUAUUACACAAAUCGAUAGAACAAGGAUUCGAUCGGAAACAAAUAUGUUUUUUGUACGAUUUGAAUGCAGAUCAACUUAAGACAAGAUUAUUAUGCCCUUCGAUUCGUUUCGAACAAAUCGACAAUGGUAUCACGUUCGGCGAUAUCGAUGGUCGACCAUUGCAACUGCCGAAAGGUGUGUGGCCGUAUCGACGACUACUAAACUGGCACGUUAUACGUUCGUUUGAAUAUGCUCGUGAAGAGUCCUGGAUAGAUUCGAGUGAAUGCGUGGAAGACUACUUUCACAUGUCAGAUCCGCGAAUCGAAAUGCCUGGUUAA